AUGGAAACGAUACAUAAUAUAUCGAAUCGGUUACAAGAAGUGCUAGCUACAAACAAGAGUGUUAAUGUAGAUACUGAUAAUGAUAGUUUGAGUUCAAAUCAAGAGGAUAAUGAGGUCGAGAAGGUACGACAUUUGGUAGUUAUACUGGGAGAAAAGUACAGCUAUGCUGUUGAUCGCAACACGGGAAUAAACGCAUUAAUGCAAUGGUUUACUACAAACAGUGAAAUACCUGAGGAAAUAUUGAAUGCUAUAAGAUCUAAGUUAAAUUUUACUUACAGAACAAAUUUUGAACCCAUUGAACGGGCACCAGAUGGGCCCUCCCCAAUAAACCCACUAAUAAUGCUGAGAAUAAAUCCGAUCGAUGCUAUUGAGAAUGUUUUCAAUAAUAGAGAGUGCUUUUUUACAGAUGUAGGAUGGGGCUGUAUGAUUAGAACAGGUCAAAGUUUAUUGGGAAAUGCUCUUCAAAGAGUAAAAUCUACCGUUAAAGAUCAGCCGUAUAUAUACGAAAUGGAUGACACGAAGGAAAUCACUGAUUUAUUUAAGGAUAAUACUAAAUCAGCUUUUUCUUUGCAGAAUUUUGUCAAAUGUGGUCGGAUAUAUAACAAAAUAGCACCAGGUGAAUGGUUUGGUCCCGCAACUACCGCUACAUGUAUCAGGUAUCUAAUACAGGAAAAUCCAUGCUAUGGUAUAGAGGCGUGUUAUAUAUCAGUGUCUUCUGGAGACAUUUUUAAGGAGAAUAUACAAGGUAUGAUAGAUAGGUAUCCAAAUGGAAAUAUUUUAAUUUUGCUGGGAAUAAAACUGGGUCUCGAUUCUGUUCAUGAACGAUAUUGGGGCGAAAUCAAGACAAUGUUAGAAUCGCCAUUUUCUGUUGGCAUAGCUGGGGGCAGGCCCUCAUCGUCGCUUUAUUUUUUUGGGUAUUUUGAUGAUACUUUACUUUUUUUUGAUCCUCAUAAUUCACAAACAGCGUUAAUUGAUGACUUUGAUGAAUCAUGUCAUACCGAAAAUUUUGGGAAACUCAACUUUAGUGAUUUAGACCCAUCGAUGCUUUUAGGAUUUCUGCUGCCUUGUUCUAAGUGGGAUGAGUUUCAGGAAUUCACUUCUUUGUUGACAAUAGUAAAUGUGUUGGAUGGUAUGGAUCAGUAUCGAGAUCCUGAUCUUAACAGUAAUGACAUCGGAAAUGUUGAACUAUCACCUCAACUAAAACUCUCUCAAACACCAGAUGCAAUAACUGAUGAUGACUAUGUUGAUAUUGGCGCAUUAAUACAAGGGAACAGUAUGAAUAUUAAUGACCGUGAUAAUGGCUAUCAAGAGGUUCAAUGCAAAAAUCAGCAGAUUGUAAUUAUGGAUUCUUUGAAUGAAACAAAACCGUUGGAAAUAGAGAAAGUACUGGUUGGACAAGGUACCAAUCUUGUGAAUGCCACGACCCCUUGUCGUGAAGCUUUCCCUAAAUAG